AUGCUGUUACAAAUAGCCUUUUUGCUGCUAAUCUCUAACUUUGCUCAUGGUGGGUUUUAUGCUGAACGAUUCCAAUCCCCUACGGGAAUAAAGGGGCCACCACCCAAUCCAAAGGCGCAGUUUUUCAUUCCUUAUACCAUAAAGAGUAAAGGCAUACCAAUAAGAGGAGAACAAGGUCUUCCUGGACCACCAGGCCCCACAGGCCCCCGUGGACAGCCUGGACCUUCUGGACCUCCAGGAAAGCCAGGCUAUGGAAGCCCAGGGCCUCAAGGGCAGCCAGGUAUGCCAGGACCACCAGGACUGUCUGCAGUUGGGAAACCAGGCUUGCCAGGUCUCCCAGGAAAACCAGGUGAGAGAGGACCAUAUGGAGAGAAAGGAGAUGUUGGACCUGCUGGCUUACCUGGGCCAAGAGGACCACCGGGACCUCCUGGAAUUCCUGGCCCAGCUGGGCUAUCUGUUCCAGGCAAACCAGGACCACAAGGGCCAACAGGGGCCCCAGGACCAAGAGGUCUUCCUGGAGAAAAAGGUGUACCAGGCAUCCCUGGUAUAAAUGGACAGAAGGGUGAAAAUGGAUAUGGAAUUCCUGGAAGGCCAGGUGAGAGGGGCCAUCCAGGUCCACAGGGUCCCAUGGGACCUCCAGGACUUGCUGGAGUAGGGAAAAGGGGAGAAAAUGGAUUUCCAGGACAGCCUGGUGCUAAAGGAGAUAGAGGUUUCCCAGGGGAAAUAGGCCCACCUGGCCUACCAGGUCCCCAGGGUCCCCGUGGAGAACCUGGAGCAGCAGGAAUAGGAAAGCCAGGAGUCAAUGGAGCACCAGGAUUGCCAGGGACACCUGGAACCAAAGGUCUUCCAGGAGCUCCAGGAAUAGCGGGUAUGCCAGGUACACCUGGAUUUGGUAAACCAGGCUUACCAGGGAUGAAAGGACAGAGGGGACCUGAAGGCCUUCCAGGGGCUCCAGGAGUCAAAGGGGAACAAGGUCCAGCAGGCCACCCAGGGCAACCAGGUUUGGAUGGACCCCCAGGACGCAUGGGACCCCAAGGACCAAAAGGAAUACCAGGUAACCAUGGCAUUCCUGGUCCUAAAGGGGAGGCAGGACCAAUAGGCCCUGUAGGGUACCCAGGAGCCAAGGGAGAUAGAGGCCUACCUGGGCUAGAAGGAAAACCAGGUUACCCAGGAGAACCAGGUCUCAAUGGUCCCAAGGGCAACCCAGGUUUACCAGGCCCAAAAGGGGACACUGGAUUGGGGGGUUCUCCUGGUUUACCAGGCCCUGUAGGAGCAGCUGGAGCUAAGGGCAUACCAGGACACAAUGGUGAGCCAGGUCCUAGGGGAGCCCCUGGAAUACCAGGAACAAGAGGCCCAAUUGGGCCACCAGGAAUUCCAGGAUUUCCUGGGACUAAAGGAGACCCAGGAAGUCCAGGCUUGCCUGGCCCAGCUGGUAUUGCAACUAAAGGACUCAAUGGACCAAUGGGGCCACCAGGGCUACCAGGUCCAAGAGGCCAUAAUGGAGAGCCUGGACGUCCAGGGCCCCCAGGACCUCCAGGCCCACCAGGUCAAGCAGUCAUGCCAGACGGCUUUAUAAAAGCUGGACAAAGGCCAAGCUUAUCAGGGACACCUCUAGUAAGUGCAAAUCAGGGUAUAACAGGAAUGCCUGUAUCAGCUUUCACAGUUAUCCUCUCCAAAGCCUACCCUGCAAUAGGCACUCCAAUUCCAUUUGACAAAAUCAUCUAUAACAGGCAACAGCACUAUGACCCAAGAACUGGAAUUUUUACCUGUAGGAUACCAGGUCUAUACUAUUUCUCCUACCAUGUACAUGUGAAAGGGAAUCAUGUGUGGAUAGGCCUGUAUAAGAAUGGUACCCCCAUAAUGUACACCUAUGAUGAAUAUACAAAAGGAUACUUGGAUCAGGCUUCAGGGAGUACCAUCAUAGAUCUCACAGAAAACGAUCAAGUGUGGCUACAGCUACCAAAUGCAGAAUCCAAUGGUUUAUAUUCUUCUGAGUAUGUCCAUUCAUCUUUCUCAGGAUUUUUAUUUGCUUUAAUAUAA